CCUUGUCUCCUUGAAUAUAUAUAUAUAUAUACAACACAAACAUUUCUAGGUUAUAUUAGCUGUUACACAGCUAACUUUCUAUACAUACCCCAUCGUCAGAAAGUAGCCUAUGGACUCUUCCAUUACAAGCAAGCGUGCAACCACCAAUAGAAGUCCACAAAACUACUCUCUCCGUAUUUUCUUUCCCUUUUCACCACUGGACGCGACACAAGAAUGUGCGUGGAGCUUACAACUUUCUUCGGGUGCGACCACCGAGAAAAGCACCUCGUGACUUGCGCCAUGCACCAUCGCCGGCAGAAGUCCCUCGCCCACCGCCUCUCCGGCAAGUACAAGGGGCAGCGGAACUGCGGAAGCGUCCGCCGUCAGAGCGAGCUCUGCGCCAAUUGGUGUGAUCACUGUGCCAUCCGAUACGAGGGCCUGUCCACAGAGCGCGUGGGGCACGGCGCCAGCAUCUUCUACCAACGGUUCGCGGACAAGAGCUUCAGCGAGAAGCAGUGGCCCAAAGAGGCUGCCCGUAAUGCGUUGAGAAAGUCGGAGUUGCCAUCAAGGUCAAUGAGCCAUAAUCAUAAGGUUGUCUCGAGCAAGAGUUUGUUUUGGAUACCGGGCCAGUAUGGCGAGGCGAAGAUGGCCAAGAAGAAGAGGUCGGAGAGGUCGCUCAAGUCAGCCGCGGUUAAUUCAAGGAAGUCUGAAAAGCCAGCCGACGGAAAGUCCAAGGGCAGCAGCAGCAGAAGCAAAAAUUACCCUCCUUCUGCUCCUCGCGAUAGCAGUCCCUUCCGCGAACGAGCAGCCGAGAAGAAGACCAGCAGCAGCCACGCAUCUCCCAGCGUCGUCAUCAAGACAACCCCCUCUCUACCCCUCCGCAAGCCUACCUCGCCUGCAACCGUUACGACCACCCGCACCGGUAGCCACGUAGCUCCCCUGGCACCAGUCUUCGUCGGAGACCCCACCCCCGCCAACCCACUCCCCCGCAACGUCUCCGCCGCGAAACAAGGCGCGUCCGUUGUCGCUCUUCGACAAUCCGCAUCACAACCAACCCGCAACCGCCCUUGUACCAGGUACACCUCAACGUGUACAACGCGCACGUGCCUCUGA